AUGUAUCGACGCGCCACUGCCGGCGUUCGUUCUGCCUCAACGUCGCUGACGAGGCUUUCUUCUUCUUCUCUCUCGAAGAUCGCAUCGACUCCCGCAGCUUCGGCUCCAUCCGCGCCGAUUCUCAAUCAGAACCGAUCUAGGAGCUUCUCGUCGGCUCUCCGCUCGUUUCGAGUAUGCUCUGCCUCCACGCGGUGGAGCCAUGGUGGGAACUGGGGAUCGCCUGCUAGCCUUCGUGCUCAAACUAGGAAUUCCGCUCCGGUGAUGGAGAGAUUCGAGCGGAAAUACGCUAGCAUGGCUUCUGAGCAUGCCUACAAGGAUAUUUUAACAAGUCUUCCUAAGCCCAGUGGUGGAGAGUAUGGAAAAUACUACUCGUUACCAGCUUUAAACGAUCCAAGAAUUGAUAAACUGCCAUACUCAGUCAGGAUACUAUUGGAAUCGGCAAUCCGUAACUGUGACAACUAUCAAGUCACAAAGGAUGACGUUGAGAAAAUCCUUGACUGGGAGAAUACAUCUACUAAGCAAGUGGAAAUCGCCUUCAAGCCAGCCCGUGUUAUUUUGCAGGACUUUACUGGAGUACCAGCUCUAGUUGAUCUUGCUUCUAUGAGGGACGCAGUGAAGAAUCUUGGCAGUGAUCCUAACAAGAUUAACCCCUUGGUUCCUGUUGAUCUUGUCGUUGAUCACUCAGUCCAAGUUGACUUUGCAAGGUCAGAGGAUGCCGCACAGAAAAAUAUGGAGCUUGAGUUCAAGAGGAACAAAGAAAGAUUUGCGUUCCUUAAAUGGGGUUCAACAGCCUUCCAAAACAUGCUGGUCGUUCCUCCUGGGUCUGGGAUCGUCCAUCAGGUCAACUUGGAAUACCUUGGACGUGUUGUUUUCAACUCGGGUGGAUUUCUCUACCCUGAUAGCGUUGUUGGUACCGAUUCCCACACCACCAUGAUUGAUGGAUUAGGAGUCGCUGGGUGGGGUGUUGGAGGAAUUGAGGCAGAGGCAGCAAUGCUUGGUCAGCCCAUGAGCAUGGUGUUACCUGGCGUGGUUGGAUUUAAGUUGGAUGGAAAGUUGAAAGAAGGGGUUACUGCUACUGAUUUAGUUCUCACUGUGACCCAAAUAUUAAGGAAGCAUGGUGUUGUCGGAAAGUUUGUUGAGUUUUAUGGUGAGGGCAUGAGUGAACUUUCACUGGCUGAUAGAGCCACAAUUGCAAAUAUGUCUCCCGAGUAUGGAGCAACUAUGGGUUUCUUCCCAGUGGACCAUGUUACCUUGGAGUACCUGAAGUUGACAGGAAGAAGCGAUGAAACUGUGUCAAUGAUAGAAUCAUACUUGCGCGCAAACAAUAUGUUCGUUGACUACAAUGAGCCCCAGCAAGAAAGAUCAUACACAUCUUAUUUGCAAUUAGAAUUGGGACAUGUUGAGCCAUGUAUUUCUGGGCCUAAAAGGCCUCAUGACCGAGUGUCUCUGAAAGAUAUGAAGGCUGACUGGCAUGCAUGCCUUGACAAUCCUGUUGGAUUCAAGGGCUUUGCAGUGCCAAAAGAAAAACAAGACGAAGUUGUGAAGUUCUCAUACCAAGGACAACCUGCUUCGAUCAAGCACGGUAGUGUUGUUAUUGCGGCAAUCACGAGUUGUACAAACACAUCAAACCCUAGUGUAAUGAUCGGGGCUGCACUUGUUGCCAAAAAAGCUUUUGAUCUUGGCCUAGAGGUAAAACCAUGGGUUAAGACAAGUCUUGCUCCAGGGUCUAGAGUUGUUGAGCAAUAUUUGGAUCGAAGUGGGCUCCGAGAGUACUUGAACAAGCAAGGAUUCCAAAUUGUCGGCUAUGGCUGCACAACUUGCAUUGGGAAUUCUGGCGACCUUGAGAGUUCAGUUGCAGCUGCUAUUGAAGGAACUGAUAUCAUUCCGGCGGCUGUGCUCUCUGGGAACCGAAACUUUGAAGGCCGUGUUCAUCCACAAACAAGAGCUAACUAUCUUGCGUCACCACCAUUAGUUGUUGCUUAUGCCCUUGCCGGAACGGUUGAUAUCGAUUUCGAGAAAGAGCCUAUAGGAACCGGAAAAGAUGGCAAGAGUGUGUUCCUGAGGGACAUAUGGCCAACCAAUGAGGAAGUUGCUAAGGUUGUUCAAUACAGCGUGCUACCAAGCAUGUUCAAGAGCUCGUACGAGACAAUAACAGAGGGAAAUCCCUUGUGGAAUGAACUUUCUGCACCGGGUUCAACGUUGUAUUCUUGGGAUCCAAACUCCACUUACAUUCACGAACCUCCAUAUUUCAAGAACAUGACCGCAAAUCCACCUGGUCCUCGUGAAGUGAAGGAUGCGUACUGCUUACUGAACUUCGGAGACAGUGUGACAACAGAUCACAUCUCUCCAGCAGGAAACAUUCAGAAAAGUAGUCCUGCUGCGAAGUUUUUAAUGGAACGUGGUGUGAGUCAAACCGAUUUCAACUCUUAUGGAAGUCGAAGGGGAAACGAUGAGGUGAUGGCUCGUGGUACAUUUGCCAACAUCCGUAUUGUUAACAAGCUCAUGAAAGGAGAAGUUGGCCCAAACACUGUUCACAUUCCUACUGGAGAGAAACUUAGCGUUUUUGACGCAGCAAGUCGAUACAAGACCGCUGGGCAGGAUACAGUCAUUCUGGCUGGUGCUGAAUACGGAAGUGGUAGCUCUCGGGAUUGGGCUGCAAAGGGUCCUUUGCUUUUGGGAGUGAAAGCUGUGAUCGCCAAGAGCUUUGAGAGAAUUCACCGCAGCAACUUGGCUGGUAUGGGGAUCAUUCCGCUCUGCUUCAAGGCCGGUGAGGACGCAGAUACCCUUGGACUGACUGGUGAGGAGCGCUACACAGUGCACCUUCCAACCACAGUCGGUGACAUUAGACCCGGUCAAGACGUCACUGUAACCACUGACACUGGCAAAUCCUUUGUUUGCACCCUGCGGUUUGACACAGAGGUGGAACUGGCGUACUAUGAUCACGGUGGUAUUCUACCAUACGUCAUCCGGAGUUUGAGCACCAAGUGA